AGAAGAGGCAACAGAAGUCCCAACCAUUCAGGCGGAGGAUUCAAUCAAGCCUCCCUCACUUCCCUCGUUUUCAUCGAAGCUUUUCCUUGCUCUUCGUUUCUCUUCAUAAACACCAUCCACACACACAAUCCAACUCCACCUCUCUCUCUCUCUCCCCGUCUCUCAAGAUUUGGAUCGAAGUUUCUGUCUUAGUUCGCCUUUAACAGAGCUUCCCUCUUCCUACAUUGACAAUGGAGGCCUCCAUGACUAUGACUACAUGCAAAUCUAUCACUUCUCCUCCGGAUCUUUUUAUUGGGAGAACUAGAGGAAUCAAGAGUUCCCAAUGUAGCUUUUUGGCCGGAAGCAAUGUAAACUUGCCAAGACAAAGAGCUCAGACUGCGCAAGUUAGUCGUAAGUCUAAGAAGAAUGGUGGAGCUCUUAGUACUGUAUGUCGUGCUGAUAAAAUUCUGGUGGCAAAUAGAGGAGAAAUUGCUGUUCGUGUUAUUCGAACUGCGCAUGAGAUGGGGAUACCUUGUGUUGCUGUUUACUCGACAAUCGACAAGGAUGCACUUCAUGUGAAAUUGGCUGAUGAAUCAGUUUGCAUAGGAGAAGCACCAAGCAGUCAAUCGUAUUUAGUAAUCCCAAAUGUUCUAUCUGCUGCUGUCAGCCGUGGAUGUACCAUGUUGCAUCCUGGAUACGGUUUCCUGGCUGAAAAUGCUGUUUUUGUUGAAAUGUGCAAAGAGCAUGGAAUUAACUUUAUUGGACCAAAUCCUGACAGCAUCCGUGUUAUGGGUGACAAAUCAACUGCAAGAGAAACAAUGAAAAAUGCAGGUGUUCCAACUGUUCCAGGAAGUGAUGGAUUGUUACAGAGCACAGAGGAAGGAAUCAGACUAGCCAACAAUAUUGGUUUUCCUGUGAUGAUCAAGGCAACAGCUGGUGGUGGAGGUCGUGGAAUGCGUCUUGCUAAGGAACCUGACGAGUUUGUGAAGUUGCUACAGCAAGCUAAGAGUGAGGCUGCUGCUGCAUUUGGCAAUGAUGGAGUGUAUUUGGAGAAAUACAUCCAAAAUCCGAGGCACAUUGAAUUCCAGGUUCUUGCUGAUAAAUAUGGUAAUGUUGUCCACUUUGGUGAGCGUGACUGCAGUAUCCAGAGACGUAACCAAAAGUUGCUGGAAGAGGCACCCUCUCCUGCAUUGACACCAGAGUUGCGGAAAGCCAUGGGUGAUGCGGCAGUUGCGGCAGCAGCAUCUAUUGGAUACAUUGGUGUCGGAACAGUUGAAUUCCUUUUGGAUGAGAGGGGUUCCUUUUACUUUAUGGAAAUGAACACUCGAAUCCAGGUUGAACAUCCUGUGACAGAAAUGAUUUCCUCUGUCGAUUUGAUUGAGGAACAAAUUCGAGUUGCAAUGGGUGAGAAACUCCGCUACAAGCAGGAAGAUAUUACCCUCAGAGGACACUCCAUCGAAUGUCGUAUUAACGCGGAAGAUGCUUUCAAAGGAUUUCGACCAGGGCCAGGGAGAAUAACCUCGUACUUGCCCUCUGGUGGUCCAUUUGUUAGAAUGGAUAGCCAUGUUUAUCCUGAUUACGUGGUUCCUCCAAGCUAUGAUUCUCUUCUUGGAAAGCUUAUUGUAUGGGCUCCAACAAGAGAGAAGGCAAUUGAGCGCAUGAAAAGAGCUCUUGACGACACUAUCAUCACAGGGGUUCCUACAACCAUUGAUUAUCAUAAACUUAUUCUCGACAUUGAGGACUUCAGAAAUGGGAAGGUUGAUACUGCUUUCAUUCCAAAGCAUGAGCAGGAGUUGGCAGCGCCCCAGAAGCUGGUGCCGGUGAAAGAAUUGGGAAAUGGAACUGCUUAGAUAUCACUCUGAAGAGUCGGAUGCUGAAAAGGCCAGAGUUCUUUUUUCCUGCGAAUCUGUUGUUGGCUUACCUCAAUCGCUCUCUCCAUAGUUCACUCCCAAUGUAUUGACUUGGUUUAGAAUAUUUCUGUUUCAUGCACAUUUGGAUUGUCUAAAAAUUUUGUGGAUUGCCAGUAUUUCGUUUUUCUGAAAACCAUAAACAGUAUAAUCCAAGCCUAACCUGAUCCAAAUUAAGAAUCAUGUUCAUUUGGUUUUUCUUUC